UGCUGCUAUUGAAGUAUGUAAGGAGAAAAAAUUUGUCGAUCAACGAGUCACCCGUGCCAGUCUCCGCUGAGAAAAUUCGUCACCAGACGAGACGAAACAGGGGAAGAACGUAUGAAUAUUCGAAAGAAAUUAUGAUGGAGGUCGAAGACCCCUACAACAUUGGAGGAUUCAGCAGCUCAGACGAUGACCAAAACGAGAGGUACUUCAGUUAAUCACAGCUUUUGCGACUAAUACGCGAAAUUAUAUUACCGCCGCCCGGUUGAAAAUUUGUUUGACACAAACACUUGAGUGAUUUCUUGUUUCCUGAAAUUUCACAGACGGCCAUCUAACAACGUCGAUUAUACCUGUGGAUUUAUCGAUCAUUUAAUUUGGUUGGUCGCGUUCUAUGGCUUGCUUAUAUGCCGGUUAACCUUUUAUAAACCCAUUUUAUUGCGAAAGCAUGCAGAAAGAAUGUUCAAUCUACGUUGUAUUGACGUAAAAUCAAAACCACGCGUACUGAGGCGUCAAUUUCCAAGUUGAGUAGGGGGAUAGGAAUGAUAAGGAUGUUUAUAACUUAGGCAGCUGUUACUGACAUCUCUUUUCUUUGGCCCACGGGUGGAAAAUGCAGAGUUGACACAUUUUGUGAGUGCUUUCCAUUUGCCCAACAGUGUCAUGUUCGUACGGUGGCCACUUGUUAUAGACCCCAAUAAUAAUAAUAAUAAUAGUAAUGAAAAAAUAAAAAACUGAGAAAAACUGAUAAAAGACCCUGCACCUGUGCCAUACAUACAAAUCUUACAAAAUGUUUUAAUUAAUGUUUCAUAUUUCAUGUUUUUUUUUUCUCACAUAGAGUGAACAUUCCAUUUAUUGGAAUACGAUGAUUUAUCUUGUCUUUCCUGUGAACACUCUCCCUUGCCCAUACCUGAAGCAUAUAACGCCUGCUUCUGCCCAUACUAAUAACAUUACUAAUCAUUAACAUUAUUAUUUAUUAUUAUUAUUAUUUAUUAUUAUUAUUAUUAUUAUUAUUAUUAUUAUUAUUUUCAUUAUUAUCAUUAUCAUCAUCAAAAUGAUCAUUGCCAUCAUCAAGAUGACCCUAAGUUGAUUUAAGAAAACAAAAGUCACACCCCUUUCUUUCAACUCCCUUGUUAUGAAUUAUCCUCCUUUGAAUAAGCACCAGAACUCCGCACAUGUUUACGUGCAUCUAAAGUCACAUGUUCCUUUAAAAUUUAUGUCAUGGGUCCUUAUUCUACGUGCUCCUCAGUCUAUAAAUCCAGAAACUGACAUGAAUAUAAUCUCACAUAAAACUAUUAGACAAAAAUAAUAACCACAUGGGGAUGAUGGGAGAGCAGAAAGGGUGGUCCUCCUUCCCUCUUCGCCUCCUAUCGCCCCUUGCAUGCUCCCUUUCCCCCUCCCCCCAGCCUCCUAGUGACGCAGAUGUGGAGGAGAGAGGAACACGGCACUCAGCGGUGUUGAUUGAAACUUUUUGGAUGGCCCCCCUUAUACAUGUAUAAUUGUACCUUCAGUUACACUGGCAGAAAUGUUUGAUAGCUCUCCUAAAAUCUAACCUGAAAAACCCAUGCCCCGCCCCAAAAGAAAAAAUCGCGAUUAUGAACCCUGCCUUAAUGUAAUUUUUGAUUGUGUUGAUGUUUUACUAAACCUUGUGAUCCUUGGUUGGUGAUUUUAAACUUAUGUUAUUUUCAUUCUCUUUUGGACUAUAAUCCUUAAGUUCUGAGGAUGAACUUGGAAUGGAAGAUUUAUUAAAACAUCAAAAACAACAGUCACACUCUAGCAGUGAAGAUGAGUUUGAAAAAGAAAUGGAGAUGGAGAUGGAAAAUGUGAUGAAGGCCUAUGAAGAUAAACAUGGUAAGUUUUAAUAAAGAACGUGUCUUUGGCUGUGGCUUCCAUUUACCAGGAAAUUCUGGAUGGGAUGCACAUGGUACACAUGUUUUUCUACACUUAGAAACAGACAUUCAGAACCGAACGUCAGAAAAAUUUGCUAAGUAUGCGACAAUAUUUUAUCUUUUUAUAUCAGAUCUCGGAUUUCAGAUUUUAUGAUUCUUUUACUACGCGAAACUCACAAAACGACAAACACCAGAAAUACCAGGAAAGUUAUUUUGUUUUGAGGAAAAAGCCAAAAGGGUGUGAGCAAAGUAAACUGCAAACAGCAAUGCAACAGUUAUUAGUUUGUGGUUUUGAGGUUUGCUUGUAGGUCGUUAACUCAGUCUUGUAAUAAUUACUUAUUGUAAUAAUUAUUAUUGGUCAUCAAUUUAGGUGCUCAUGGUUUUCUGAGUUUGAUGUAAUUUAUUGUAAUGUUCCAGUAUAGUUGAUGGUUUUCAUCAUAAUUACAUGUUAGGUCAGAAGACACUUAUGAUUAAGUCUGGCUUCCAGUUGACUCUUUCUUCAAUAAUAAGAAAUAGUAGAAAAAAUAUUGUUUCUUAUCAUAAGGAACACCACACAUUUUUUUAAAUAAUUAAAAUUAGCCAAUUAAAAAUUAACUGCCAUUAAAAUUUGAACAGUAAGAUUUUUUUUACAAGAAAUGUGGAGCAAAUUAUCACUAAAAAUAGAUACAAGUAUAAGACAAGCAGUUGCUAUUCAAGAAAAAGUAAACUGUAAAUUUGGAGCUAAGAACUAAAAUAUAAUUGUGACAGUGUAAACAUCUCUAACGAUGGUAUGAAGAACUAAUUUAAACAUAUUUUCAAGGAAGAUUAGUUUCCUGGGAAUUGUAACUGGACAUCUGCCCAGUUGAAUUCACUCAAAACUUGAGUCUGUCUUUUGAAAAGAUACAGUACUUGCCAGUUUGGCUCCACUUUGGCUAGGAUGUUAUUUUAUCCAAAAGUAAUUUUUGAAAAUUUCGUGGUGAUUUUUGUUAAUGCACAAGUUUUUUUUUUUAAUUUUAGUUUUAAAAGUAACACCUCAUUCCUUUGACACUGGUCUUAUGGCUGACUGAUCUCCAAUUUAAGCUAUUAACUGGCAAUCAAAUAAUAAAAGCAUUUCUUGGUGGCUGCUCUCCAUAUGGUUUUUUUUUGUGAUACUGAUGAGAAGUUUUUAAAAUCAUUUCUCAUUUUUGUAAUGGGUCAAAAUUUAAUUCAGGUUUCAGUGGUUUAGACCUAGUUUGAUCCACAGCUUCCUUUUUCAUGAAGCCUAAUUGCUAAUGAUAAGUUGUUGCUAAAAAGCCCCCCAGUAAGGGGCCAACUGACAUGAAAACUAGUCAAUGUAAGAGUUGUUUUGAUCAGCACUUCUACAGCUUGUUUCAAAGUGCUUUUACUGAUACCAGUUACCACCCCGCUUGGAUAUAAAACCCUUCCUUUAUAAGCUCUUCUAAAAUGUUAACUCCUUAAUUUAUUACGAAGAUGCAUAAACCCAGAGCUUAUACGAGGCAGUUUAUGGUUUUCCUGGUGGUGAUAAUAUUACGUAGGGGUAAAGAGUUCCCAUAUUCCUGUGAAUGAAGGAACCAACCCAAGGCUUUAGUAGACAAAAAAUUGUGGGUUUUUUAUGAAAUUGUCCACCCAUUAAGCCAUAACCUUUGCUCAUUGUGUCUGCUUUACUGCUAGAGAAGAAUCAUGGGAAAUGUCUGUAUGAUACUUAACAAGGGCAUUUAAAUUUGAAUAAACUUUUUACUAGGUGAUAAUGCAGAACAGAAGACCAACCUGCACGCUGAAAAUCCUCAAAAUGAUGCCAGUGCAAAAGCUGACGGCAGUGGAACAACUGAAGAAACAAAUGAUGUCUAUUCAGAAGAUUACUUUAGCUCAGGCUCAGAUGAUGAGCAUUUAGUUGGUGGGCAAGGAUCAAAGUCUAAAGAACGGAGGAAACUGUUAACAAAUGAUGAACUUUUGUAUGACCCAGACAUGGAUGAUGAGGAUGAAAAGUGGGUGAUAAAACAGAGACGUGACCACAGACAAAAAGGUACCACGUCACAACCUGUUGCUCCUAACCCUCUUUAUUUCACACUUGUAACCUUUAGUUGUCCUGGUUAUUUUAUCAUUACUCCAUGUAAAAGCCUCUCUUAUGCUGUUUAAGGGGGGUAUAACAACUGGUAGAAAUUUCAUUAUUUAUAAUAAUUAUCUGUCAGUCAACUUGACUGUGGAAAACUGAGUUUGAGUCAAAUAAUGUGAUGGUUAACACUUCAAAUUAUUGGAUGAUGUUCAAGUAUUAUUUCUGUAUACAUGUUUUUGACUAAACUGGAUAUUGACAGCAAAACCAGCGAAGAAAACUUUAAGACAUCGCAACAUUCACUCUACUGUUCUACCAAGCAGAAGACAAUGGCACCAACAAACUAUUUGAAGCCAUUUCAGAUUGUCAAAAUAAAUUUUUCGAUGGUCAAGGAUGAUGUACAUAGGAUAUAUCUGCUUGUAACUUCUCAACAUGUCUAUCUCACAGGUCAAAAUUAAAUUCAGGUUAAAUUUUUAACCUAGGUUGAUUCUCAAUUUUCUUUGUCUCCUUGCAUAAUUGAAUUAGGGCAAGGAGACAGAAAAUUGAGAAUCAAACUGGGUUAAAAAAUUUAACCUGAAUUUAAUUUUGACCUGUAACAUCUUCAUCAACCUGGACCAGAAAUUUCCUCUGUUUUCCCAAUUUGAAAUUAGAAAGAUAUGCCUACUCACUGAAGGCCUUCGAAAUCAGGCUGUCAAGCCACUUUCCAUGGAGCAUUACAAAGAAAAUUCUAUGUGAAUUAUGAGAGGAAUUGGUAUCACUAGCUGAUAUGAGAAAUUACUAAUAUAUAUUUACAUUUGAAUUAGAAAGAUAUGCCUACUCACUGAAGGCCUUCAAAACCAGGCUGUCAAGCCACUUUCCAUGGAGCAUUACAAAGAAAAAUUCUAUGUGAAUUAUGAGAGGAAUUGGUAUCACUAGGUGAUGUGAGAAAUUAUUAAUAUGUAUUCACAUUUAAAUUAGAAAGAUAUGCCUACUCACUGAAGGCCUUCAAAACCAGGCUGUCAAGCCACUUUCCAUGGAGCAUUGCAAAGAAAAAUUGUAUGUGAAUUAUGAGAGGAAUUGAUAUCACUAGGUGAUAUGAGAAAUUAUUAAUAUGUAUUCACAUUUAAAUUAGAAAGAUAUGCCUACUCACUGAAGGCCUUCAAAACCAGGCUGUCAAGCCACUUUCCAUGGAGCAUUGCAAAGAAAAAUUGUAUGUGAAUUAUGAGAGGAAUUGAUAUCACUAGGUGAUAUGAGAAAUUAUUAAUAUGUAUUCACAUUUAAAUUAGAAAGAUAUGCCUACUCACUGAAGGCCUUCAAAACCAGGCUGUCAAGCCACUUUCCAUGGAGCAUUACAAAGAAAAAUUCAAUGUGAAUUAUGAGAGGAAUUGGCAUCACCAGGUGAUGUGAGAAAUUAUUAAUAUAUAUUCACAUUAAUUCAUUGAUAAUUUUUUUACAGUGUGUGAGCGAACAAAGAACAGUGCAAGUACCCAUGAAAAUCAAGGGACAAGUCCGGCAAAUAAAAAGAAAGCCAGAACAUCAAAACAGGAAGUGGAGAAAGUCCCAUCUAGUGAUGCUAUAUUGUCUUGUCCAGCCUGCAUGACAACACUGUGCAUUGAUUGCCAGAGGUUAGUUCUGAACAAAUGAUUCUGGCCUUUGAUGAGUGAGGAUAAAAUUCUGUCAAGUGACAUGACCUUGAAACAGCAAUAUAAGACUAGAUAAAAGUGGUGGCAAACAACAAAAAGGUUAAAUUCUGACAGGGACAUGGCUUUUUAAACUCCUCAAAAUGCAUAGACCAUAUUUGGAAUUCAGACUAGGGACAUAUGUACCCUCCCCCCUCCCCCUCUAAGAGGGCCUCUUUGACUUCCUUACAUGAAAAUGCUCAAAUUAGUACCCGGGUGCCUAUUUGAUUUCCGGAGUUGAAAGGAGCCCGUGGGGGGGACUCCCAUAUGAAACAGACGGGGAUGCUCGUCGUCUCGCUUAGGGGUGUAAAUUUUGGGUUUUGGUCUCACUUAGGGUGUUCCGGGCAAAGCGCCAAUAUUUUAAGCUGCCAAGGUCUCACUUAGGGUUCCGCGAAGAACUUGAGAUUUAUGACAAUGCUUUUAAAAACUACUUUUAGAUAAAAGCAUUCGGUGAUUAUGUGUUUAUAUCAUUAAAACUCAUUGCAUGUCGUAUUUGUGUGUUUUUAAGCGGUCCCUCUUAGGGGUCCAAAUUUGCUGAAGCCACGCCCAGAUUGGUCUCCUUUAGGGGUCACAAAAAGCUUGAGCCACGCCCAGAUGGUCUCCUUUAGGGGUUAAAUUCAAAAUUUCCGACGAGCAUCCCCGUCUGUUUCAUAUGGGAGCCCCCCGGGAAAGGAGGCACUUCUUUCAAGGUAUAUGCUCAUUUUAAGGGCACUUGUCUAGUUCUUUAGAAUUUUAGCCUCAUUGUGUUAGUGUCUUUUUAUUAAGUGAACAAAAUUAUAACAUUAAACAGGGCAACUAAGACAAUCCUUUUGACAUAUUUUACUGUGUGGCACAAAAUUUUUUCCAGCAAUCCGCAAAAAUAAGUUCCCACAAACAAAAAUUACCGCAAACAUUUUUCCACCAAAAAUUUACUCCAGAGUCAAUUCUCUAACUUUCAUUUGCGACACAAAAGUACAGUACUAAGAAAUUGUGUCUGUUCAAUCACAACUAGUCUCUUUCAUUCGGAAACAAAGUGGCAUACAAUGAAAUACUGGUUUAUUGUUUGAAAAUAUGUAUUUCUAUUGCACGUACUCAUUAAAAACGAAAAUAUUAUCAAUGCAGGGUACUGGGUACUUUCUGAAAAUCACAAUAUUUGAUUACCAGCGAGAAAAAACCAUCUGUCCUAAUCACAAAAAUUUAGUUCCCAGAAAACACAAAAAUCGCCAAUCGAAAAAAAAAAUAAACUCCCACAAAAAUUUAGGUGCCACACGGUAUUUUGUCAGUAUGUUGCCUUCAACUGGUCAUUCUCUGGUGAUUGGCCGUACGUACUAUAAUUAUACCCUACAUUGAGGUCCUGUUAGGGUACAAUUCUGACAAGUGACGUGGCUGUGAAACAGCAACAUAAGACUAGAUAAAAAUAUUAUGGUGACAAAUGACAUAGAGAUGGGUUAAGUACAGACAGGGCCAUGGCCUACUCCACAAAAUGUGAAACAACUGUACAGUGGAACCCCGUUAAUACGGUCAUCAAUGGGCCAAAAAAAUUUGGCAGUAAUAAUGAGGUGACUGUAUUAACAAGGGCUUUUUUACAAGGAAAUGUAUGGUCGUUUUGCCGGUUGGCCAAAAAAAAGUGGCGGUAAUAAUGAGGAGACUGUAUUACUGAGGUGGCUGUAAGCCGGGGUACCACUGUAUUUGAAAUUCAGACUAGGGACAUAUGUAUCCCCCCCCAACAGGACGUCUAUAUUUAGUAAGGUGUGGUGGGAUUGAAGUUUCUAAUAACAAGGGAAUACAAUUAUUAGCCUAAAGAGGGGCCCCAAGUUUUAUUUGAAGGGACACUUAUUUAAAGCUGGGCGUUAGUAUUGUUGUCUAAUAACCCAGGAUUGAAUGCAUAAGUACAUAUUCAACUGGCUUUGUUUGUCAUUUCUGCUUAUUCUAUAGGUGUGAUAUGAUAGAAGUGAACUGUUAUUCUUAAGGACACUAAUAGUAAUGGCUAUCAAUAAGAGUUGUGCACCUCAUAAGGUUUCCCUUAGCAUGGAUUCUCUAUUAUUAUUAUUAUUAUCAUAAUUUAUGUUAGUUGAUUUGUUUGCCCCCUUUUUAUUGCAGGCAUGAGAUUUACAAAAACCAGUACAGAGCAAUGUUUGUUAUGAACUGCAAAGUUGUAGAGGAUGAAGUUUUACGAUAUGAGCCUCCCCAGAAACGUAACUCAGGAAAAAAGAGAAAGAAGGAACAGAAAGGAAAAUUAGUACAUGAAAUGGACAAUUAUAGCAAUUUGACUACAAUUGCUGGUGCAGCGUCAACGGAUCGUUACCAUCCUGUCACUUGCACAGAAUGUAGCUCAGAAGUUGCCGUUUAUGACACCGAUGAAGUGUACCAUUUUUUCAAUGUGCUAGCAAGCCAUGCUUGAAUAAUUAAUUAUAAUGAUUGUUAAAUUAUUGAGUAGAAAAAUAAAUCAAGUCUUCUUGUUUCAUGCCAAUAAACAGUGAAACACACAUUAAUUGAAUUUAGUAAUAGACAAUGUAGCAGCAUAGAAAUAUCACAUGAUCCUUCAAUAAUUAUUCAGCUUGAAAUAAUUUGGUCCAAAUGCCUACUAUUGUAUAGUCUGUUUAUAGCCCUCCUAGUACCUAGGGAUAAGAGCAAAAAAAAAAACAGCUUUGGGCACAGGGGGUAAGAAGUGGCAAGAAGGCUACCUGCUCCCACCCUGCCUUCAUCUGCAGCGCCCAGUCCCUAAGGGAUAAAAAAGGAAAACGAAAAGCUUGAGGGGUGGGAAGGGUCAAGGAGGUUACCUGCAUCCCCUCCCUCCUUUAUUUUCUUCAUCUCCAAACACUUUUGCCUUUGACUUAUUUCUACCUCUCUAACAACAGAGAGUCUGUUAGUAUGGCCAUCUGCAAGCUCAUAGUUAGAUUACUGAUGUAUGAGAGAGCUAUUUGGAGUGUGAAAGUCAGCAGUAGAUCUAAGUGAGG